CGGCCAUGUGUACCCACCAGAACCUGCGGCCGGUGCGCACCAAAACCUGUGGCAAGGACGUCCACACUCCGGCAAUUUGGCGAACAUACACUAGAUUGUCGACAUGCUGAUAAAUCCGUGUACACUCGUGUUGUAUGAACUUGGUCUCGACAUGAUUCACAGCUACGAGCUCGAGCAGACCGAGGGGCUCAAGGUCAAGGGUCGAAAGGGCAAGGCCCUCCUCUGGGCGAUUCUAGCCUCAUGCUGGUCCAUUAUCAUCAUCCUGCCAACAUCCCUAGCAUGCGUAUCAAUAUUUAUCAUCUACGGGAAGGAGGACAUUUUCAUUUCGCCGACGGACCAGUACCCAAUUUCGCCAAUCUCCAGAACGAUGUGCAGGUACUUGGAUGUACAAUCACCAGUGCAUAUAAACAUGGUGCUAGUGAAUUACCCACCGGCGGAGAAUGGCGGCAUCUAUAACGUGACGUCACCACGUCUCGCUUUAGAACUCGGCGUGAACAAGACUAUAAAACCUUGGAAAUUUCACAUCAUAGAACGCUCAAACGUCUCAUUUCAUUUGCUCAGACCAGUUUUGAAUGUCACUUUUCUUAUCAUAAAAGGAGAGGAAAAUUACGAGUCGUGGUCCCACUCAAAGGGCAAAUGUGUCACGUGCGUCAUGGCGGAAUAUUCAUUAAACCAAACAGUGACGUCCCUUCCGUUCUAUGCUAAGGAUACAGACUUGUACUAUUUUAUAUUCAAGCCUCAAAAAGACUGCGAAGAUCAAAUCUUGCCUUACGUCAUCUACCUCAAUCGCCGGACUUACCGCUUAGAAAGCAACCAUAUGUGCUUUUACACCAAGUUAUGUUCCUUCGACAUGUUCCCGAAGACAUACCAGAAAAUCUACAUCGAUUACGAAGACUUAGAACAGACAUUUCAACCAAUCAGAUUGACCCUCACUUGCCAUCCGCGGGAAUGGAUAUAUCUAUUAUGUUGUUUUCUCCUCCCUGUCGUCCUAGGCGUCAUCAUCACGACCGCUGUGUUGUAUUACCACAAGUCUUACGAGCGCUCCGUCACGGAACAGCUCGCUGAACAGCAAUACGAGGAGCACGAGUGUCCCGAGCUCUGCUCCCUCCCAGGAGAGGAAAGUCCGGCCCGGCGGAGGUUCGUCCCUCAUUUGAGCGACAUUGAAGAAGUGGCGUCUGUAGGAAGUUGUGAUUCGCAGUCAUCGCUCCUGAACAGAAACAUGAAGGUGAUGGCUAAUUAUGCAAUAAAUUCGACGACGGAGGACUGGACUCCUAGCGUUUGAAGACCGCGGAAGCGUCCAUGUUCGUGUGUCAAUAACACGUUCUGCAGCUUUCUAAUAGACUCCCUGGGCAGCCCAUUGCGUCACCCUAAUUGGGUCUCAUUAUGGCGAGGAACGAGGCCGGUCCACUGCGUUCGGAGUGUACUUUCUAAAAGCGAUUUCAAUUCGGUUUUUCAUCCAAAAAACUGUUGGCCUGAGAAUGGGUACAAACUAAUAUCAAUCACUCCAUGUUUCGGAAAACGUUUUUAGAUAUUUAGUAUUUAACUUAUCAAAAGCUACCCCAUCAGCUAUAGCGAGAUGUGUGUCUAUAAUAAAAAGGAAGUGACUACUUGGCAAGCCCGGCUUACCAAACAGCGACUUUUUCUUGUCCUGAAUGGAGAGCCGAACUCAUUAAUAUUAAAGUAAAGUCUCCAGCUCGCCAAACAGGGUAGAUUUUUUACCUGUUUGGCAAGCCCGGCUGGCCGAACAGGGUGGCUUUUUAGUGCUGUUUGGCAAGCGGCUCUCCAAACAGGACAAAAAAAGAUGCCUGUUCGGCGAGCGGCUUGCCAAAUAGACCCGGCCUAAUAAAAAAAUGUGUAUAUUGAAAAGGAAUUGACCGGUGUUGCCCGGCCACAGGGUGAUGGUUCAAAUAAGUACGUGAACCAUCAGCACCAUCAUGCACCGGGUCUAAUUGGUCUUGGUGAUUUCAACGAAAAUCAAUUGCCCAUUUUUUUCCCGGCGCCAUGUGAUCAAUCGGUAAUUGGCCUGAGCUCACCCCUCCCAAAAUGGCCAUCUGACUGCGAAGCCAUGCAGCUGGAAAAAAUCGGAUAAAACACAAUACAAAUUGUAAUAUUAAAUUUCAAGUUAAAAGAGAAGCUUCACAGAUACUAGGACGAGUAGUGGCGCCAUGACGCGUUCUACACGGCUCCUUCUCGGAAUACCUUGCAUUCUCUUCCUAUACUUGCUGGGAAAUUAUCAAGUCACUGCGAAGGUCAUCGGCAACAAAUUUAAGACGACAUCGAGCGAGAACAUUCCAAAGUACAUGCUGGAUAUAAUGCGUCGCCAAGGGCGUACUGGUAAGAUAGAGGGUAGGAAAGUCGUCUAUCGAGGGAUGACAAGAGGCAAGACUGUUCCCCAUGGCGCGAUGAUGGUUGGUAAGGUCGUUCGUCAUAGAAGCUCCGGUAGUAACACUGGAGGUAAGGUAGUUCAAAAGGUAAUUCGCCUCGGAAGAGCUCCAAAGAGAGGAAGGACAAUCAUUCGCAAGAUCAUUCGUCAAGAUACAUCUAGUGCCAGGAAUGUUCCCGAUAAGUCAGGCGGGAAGGUCAUCAGAGAAGUUGUUUCUCAAGGAAAAUCAAGCAAGACUGGAGGAAAGACCAAGGUCGUUUCUGUGCGGAAAGCUAGUGACGAGACUGUCGGAAAAGUCGUCCAAAAGAGUACUUCUACAGAAAUGCCCGGUGCAAAGAAAGAUUCCCUGGGGUCAAAGGACUCUAAAAUGAAUAAAGCAACGAGUAUUGGGGAAAAGAGUGAAGAGAGGGUGAUUCAUGAGACUAUACACCAUUUCUUACCAAAGUAUGAAGCGACAAAUCAUGGCAGAGAAAGGGAAGCUCAUCAUAGGCACUUACACCAUUUCUUACCAGAGUACGAGGCAACAAAUCAUGGCAGAGAAAGGGAAGCUCAUAGGCACUUACACCAUUUCUUACCAGAGCAUAAAGCGACAAAUCAUGGCAGAGAAAGGGAAGCUCAUAGGCACUUACACCAUUUCUUACCAGAGCAUGAAGCGAGGAGUAUUGGGAAGAAACGUUCAAGAGAUAGGAAACCCAAAUCUGAACCUAAAUCAAAAAAAGACGGCGAUGAUGAUGAUGAUGAUGAUGAUGAUGAUGAUGAUGAUGAUGAUGAUGAUGAUGAUGAAAAGCCUGGCCCUGGAGAGCCAACAGCCGAAGACAGCAGAAAGCAGGAAGCAGAAGAAGACUCCAACUAAGGACUUUAUUCUACAGUGACAUAAUUGUAGCCAACGAAUCCAAACAUGUGACCUCGGGUGGACAAACUCAAGACUGAAUUUCAGGAGCAACAUAAGAACAA